CGUCUGCUGGUCCUUCCUCCUUUUCGACUUCCCUGAGCGAGGCUAGCGUCAAGAUGAAUGACACAGUUACAGUCAGGACCCGCAAGUUCAUGACGAACCGGCUGCUUCAGAGGAAGCAAAUGGUCGUUGAUGUCCUGCAUCCAGGCAAGGCCACAGUCCCAAAGACUGAAAUCAGGGAAAAGCUUGCCAAAAUGUACAAGACCACUCCUGAUGUGGUAUUCGUCUUUGGCUUCAGGACCCAGUUUGGUGGUGGCAAGACAACAGGCUUUGCCAUGGUCUAUGAUUCCUUAGACUAUGCCAAAAAGAAUGAGCCCAAGCACAGACUGGCCAGGCAUGGUCUGUAUGAGAAAAAGAAGUCCUCAAGGAAACAGCGCAAGGAACGCAAGAACAGAAUGAAGAAAGUACGGGGCACCAAGAAGGCCAGCGUGGGUGCUUCUGGCAAAAAGUGAGUCUGGAAAACCAGGGAAGGUCUUCGUGCUCAAGAUGUUCUUGUAUAUUGUCCUCAAAUAAAAAGUUUGGAAAAAAAAUGGAAAA